GGACGUCGGGAUAGCGCUGGCAGCAGCCACGCCGGCUGUGGAAGAGUUAACCCUGCUCCUCUGCUCGGGUCUCAGAGGCCUCCCACUCACCCGGCGUGAGUAUGAAUAGCUGCGCUCGCCCGCGCCGGCACCGCUCCGCUGCCUUCCUCCCGCCGCCGCGAUGCUGAGCACGGAGGGCUUCGUGGGGGCGAGAGCCCUGGGUGAGGAAUCGCUGCAGAUGUGGGACCUCAACAAACGCCUGGAGGCCUACCUGGCCCGCGUCAAGUUCCUGGAGGAGGAGAAUGAGGGGCUGAGAGCUGAGAUCCAGAGCACCAAGGAGAACCCGGCCGGGGACCCACGCAGGGCCAGGUACGAGGAGGAGCUGAGGUCGCUGCGGGAUGCGCUGCACCGCGCCUUCACCGAGAAGUGCGCGGCCGAGCUGGCCAGGGACAACCUGUACGAGGAGGUGCAGCAUGUGAGGAGCAGGUGCCAGAAGGAGCAGGCAGCCCGCGAGGAAGCCAAGAGGCAGCUGUCCUCCAGCAAGAAGGAGCUGGAGGAGGAGAGACGGGCGCAGAUCUGGCUGAAGGAGAGAGCGGUGCAGCUGGAGAAGGAGGCGGAAGCUCUGCUGGAGGUGCACGAGGAGGAGAAAGCGGGGCUGGACCAGGAGCUGGCCAGCUUCUCGCAGAGCCUGGAGGGUUUCCGCUGCGCACCGGUGGCGUUCCAGCCCGUGGAGGUGGAGGACUACUCCAAGAGACUGUCGGAGAUCUGGAGAGGGGCAGUGGAGACCUACAAGGCGGAGGUGUCGCAGCUGGAACGCGCACUGGGUCAGGCCAAGGAGAGCCUCUGGCAGGUGGCAGAGGACAACCAAGAGAGCCAACUGCAGCUGCGGCACCUGGAGAAGGAGCUGGUGGGGCUGAAGGCGCGGAAGGAGAUGCUGGAGGAGAACCUGAGCCAGCAGUGGCAGGAGCAGCACGGAGAGGCUGAGAAGUUCCAGCUGGCCAUCGAGGCCCUGGAGCAGGAGAAGCAGAGCCUGCAGGUGCAGAUCGCCCAGGUGCUGGAGGACAGGCAGCAACUCAUGCACCUCAAGAUGUCCCUCAGCCUGGAGGUGGCAACCUACAGGACACUGCUGGAAGCAGAGAGCACCCGGCUGCAGAUGCCGCCCGGGGAGUUCAAGCUGGCCAACAGCCUGCGAGAUGUCAAGCUGGAGGCGAGCAGCAGCAAGCACCGUGCCAGCCUCGCUGCCUUCCCCCGGCCCGAGGGGGUGGCACAGCUGUGCAGAGCUCCCAGUGAUGCCCUCAAGGCGCUGACCCCUAAAAGCAAGAGCCCCAGUGCGCAGGAGUUCCAGAAAAUCAGCUCGGUCCUGCAGGCACCGAGGAGCUGGGAGCCGGUUGCCCCCAGCCGCGCCGUCCCAGCGCUGUCCCCAGAGCCAGGCAGUGGGAGGGCAGAGAGCCCAGCCCAGGAGCGUGGGGCUGGUGAGGAGUCUCCCAUGCAGAGCCCGCUGAGCCCUGAACAGCUGGUCAGCCACGCGCUGCAGGAUGCUCUCAAGGAGAUGCAAGAUGAUGCUGAGGCCAAAGAAGUGCCCGCACUCGGUGCCACCCAGAGCACCAGGGAUGGGGAUCUCGAAGCCCCCCUGGAGGAGGAGGAGGGGGCUGCAGGAACCCAGGGGGUGGGUGCUGAGGGUGGCACUGCGUCCCCGCAGGGGCUGUGUCUCCGCAGCAAUGUGCCUGCAUUGCUAAGUGCCACCCAGAGUGACGUGGAGAGCCAGGAGGAGGCGUGGGAGGAGGAAAGGAGCAAAGAGGAGGAGAUGCUGACCCCACUGAGCCCCAUGGAGAGCCAGGAGCCAGGGGGAGAGCCCUGGGGAGGGGACACAAGGGGCUCCGGGCUGGAGGUGGGCAAGGAGGACGUCUUGGAGAACAAGGAGCAGAGGGAAUCCUGGAGCCCCUCCGGGAAGGAUGAGGAAAAUGAGUUCCUGGAUCAGGAGAGGGAAAUGCAAGAAGAAGGGUCCUUGCAGAUGGAAAUUGAAGCUGCUUGUGCUGUCCCUGUGGGGAGCCACCCGGUUUUGCCCUUGGGAAGCCACUUGCAAGAGGACUUUGUCGAGAGAGAGGAGGAGUCUGAGCACCAGGAGGCAUCCCUGUGUGAGCUGGAUGCUCCUGCAGGGGAGGAAAAGGAGCAGGAGGUGUGCCUGGAACUGGAGGCCUCCAGCAUCCAGGGGGCUGUGCCAGCAGCAGAGAGCUCAUCAGGGGCUGGGGAAGACACUACAGGAAGGGAGAGCACAGGCAGAACAAGGGAUGAUGAGGGAGAGGAGGAAGAUGCAGGAAGGGAGGCACUAGGGGGAGAGAACUCCCAGGAAGGGAAGGCUUUGGGAGCCAAAGAGCUGAGGCAGGAGAGCAUGGGCUUGGAGGAGGCUGAGGACACAUGGGAGGAAUCUGUGGACCUGCGGGAGGAACAUAGAGACCCCCAGGAGGGACAUGGGGACCUGCAGGAGGAGCAUGGGGACCUGCAGGAGGAACACAGGGACGUGCAGGCCGAGCAUGGGGACCCCCAGGAGGAACAUGGGGACCUGCAGGAGGAGCAUGGGGACCUGCAGGAGGAACAUGGGGACACCCAGGAGGAGCAUAGGGACCUGCAGGAGGAUCAUGGGGACCCGCAGGAGGAGCAUGGGGUCUUGCAAGAAGAACAUGGGGACCUGCAGGGGGAGCAUAGGAACCUGCAGGAGGAACAAGGGGACCUGCAGGAGAAGCCUGGGGACCUGCAGGAGGAAUCUGGAGACCCUCAGGAGGAACACGAGGAACCUUGGGAGCAGCCUGGGGAGCAGGGCUCUGCAGAGGAUGGGCUGGAGCAGGACAUGGAGCUGCAGCCAGGAGAGGAGGCUUGGGGCAGGGAAGACAAUGACAUUGACCAAAAGCAGCAAGCACAGGACUGGGAAGGGACAGCGGAGGAUGAAGAGGAGACAGGAGUCAACACCAUCACAUCCCAAGAGCCAGCCCAGGUGGAUGACAACCCACGUGCAGAGGCAGCAGAAAAUGAGGAGGGAGUUGGCACGUCACCAACAGCAACGGAGGAAGCCCAGGAGGAUGAGGAUGAGGGAGACGCUGGGAGCGAGGUGCAGAGCCAGCAGCAGCCACAGGGCACAGCAGGACAGGAGGCUGAGCUGGCACCAGGGCAGGAGGAGACCGGGUAUGGGGACACUGGUGUGGCACCAGGGGACUCAGAGGAGCCGGCUGAGGUGCUUGAGGUGCAGGAUGAGGAGCUCAGCUCGGAGCCCAUUGAGCAGAAGAGGGGCAGCCCCGACACCACUGUGCUGCAGCAGGAUCCGGGCAAUGGUGCAGAGAGUGAUGAGCCCAUGGAGGAGGAUGUUCAGUCAGAGGAUGCUCAGUUGGAGGAGCCCAGGCCAUGUGGGAUGGAGCUGGAGGACACGCUGCUCAACAGCACGCCGCUAUGUGCAUACAGAGAGGAGAUGCUGGAGUCUGAUCCAAACCCUCUGGCCAGUGGAGAGGAUGGGGAAACAGCACCUGAAAUGGCUCAGGAGGAGGAAGGGGAGCUGAGAGGGAGCGAUGAGGCAGAGGUCCACGCAGUGCCAGAGAGCUGCGAGGAGUCAGGGAUGGAGCUGACCCCUGCGCCGGAGUGCACUGAGGAGGAGGAAGGGUACUUCAUAGUUUCUGCUCCCAACCAAGAGGGGUCCAGCACGGAGGAAGCUGAGAACUCCGAGGAAUUUGAAGAAAUUAAAGUUGAAGCAGCAGAAGACAGAAAGGAUGAGCUAACAGCUCCGGUGCCAGAGGAUGAUGGGCGCUUGGAGCCAUUUGCGGGGGAAGUUGAAGAUGUGAAAAUGCCCACGGGAGAACCCGAGAUGCCAAAGGAGGAGGAUGAGGAGGACGCAGGGGGCUUUGCUGCUGAGCUGGAGGAAGGAGUGGCUGUGCCCACGGCUGAGGGGCCGUCUGUGGGACACACUGACAAGGCCACCCUGGGUGACGAGGGGCUGGGAGAGGAGGAUGUGCAGGAUGGUGACAGCCCCCCGGCCACCGAGACCUCCGACACUGACACACCUCCAGGCUCCGUGCUGGAGCAUGGAGCUGGCAUGGAGGCGGCUGAAUAUCUCCCCGAUGUGCCCACGCAGCUGCCAGCGGACAUCAUGAAAGACUCGGAACUCCUGGAAAUAGUGGAGCAAGCCCUGGAGUUCAAUCAGGAGCUGGUGCUGGGGUCCAGGCUGGCCAAGGACGGGCAGGGGGAUGGCAACACCCAGCCCCCACAGGAGGAAGAAGUGGGUUCCUCACCCGCCUCGUCCAGCGACGAGCAGCCAACGGUGCAGGAGGCGGUGGCAGAGCCGGGGCGCACUGAGAACGGGGAGCAGAACGGGCUGCACCGGCAGGCCAGCCUGGAGGACCUGGCUGAGUUCACCGAGGAGGGGCUGAAUGGCAUCAGCCACCCUGGGGAAGCCCCCGCUGCCCACACCCUGCCCCUGCCCAGCAAGCACGGUGGGGCCGAGCCUGUCCCUGCGCUCUCACCUCUGCAGGACCACGUCCUGCCCCCAGAGCAGGAGCCCUGGUCCUCGGGGGAGGAGUGAUGGCGGUGGGACCCCCGCAGCCCCGCGACAAUCGGACGCCUCCCAUAGCACUGCCUCCGUAGCACGCCCGUUUCCCUUUGGUUUGCGACAUGUUUGUGUGGGUUUUGCCUUGUUGAACGGAUGCCCGGCGCACGGCAGAGCAGCUGAGCAAGGGGCCACGACUUCACACCUCGGAGCAAGGAACCGGGCUCUCUCUCGCUGCACCCAGAUCCCACAUUCGCGCUGGGUUCAGCUUCAUUUUGUAACCCCGAGGUGCACCCUUGACUGCAGUAUUUAAUUUAAAUGCUGCGUCUCCUCCUUCCCCAUUCAGCCCAGCCAGGUGCACGCAGCGUGAUUUGUGUACGGGCUCACCUUCGUGCUGCACCCCCCCGGGGUGUCCGUCCCCAACCCACCCAACGCUCACCGCCCCGAGCCACGCCGGAUGCAUCCGCUGCAUUGACACUAAGUUAAUAAAGCAUCGCCCUCCCACUCAGA